AUGAAGUCGCUGCGAUUCCUUGCCGCAGAGGGCUUCGUAAACAUUGGUCCGGCAGCCAUGGAGAACCUCUCAUGUGUGUCUUUUAACGCCUAUCCACUCCUUUUUAAAGCAUGCUAUCUUCAUGAGCAGGCAGAGCUGUUGCAUGUUCUUGUCCAGACCUGGCCACUGCCUGUUCUCAACCUGCAAAGACUUUUGGGAAAGACUGCAGACUGUCAGCUUGAUCUCACCUCAAGCACAUGCCGUCUCUGUCUAGAAGCAAUAAUCACUGGUCUCAAGGAUUAUGUGCUGUGCCCUCCAAAAACGUAUGCAAAAGUUCUUCAUAAAGUGGACCUGACAGCUUUGAAGGAUGUUGAGCUUCAGAGCCCGAGUGCAUGA